CUUCGGAUCCCGGUGGAGCCUCCCGGCACGCUGGCUCCGGAGGGAGUUGAACUUGAGUUCAGAUGGCCAACUCCCUCUGAAUCGUGCAGAUUGGUGCUGAGCACGCAACAAAAGUUUGUAGCUUCUCCUCAGUUUCUGGUGCUUCACAGGGGAGAGGAAAAGACUUUGGCAUUAAACACAAGAAGCAGUCAGGGAACCAUCUCCUCUAACUUUUCUUCUCUGUUACCAUUUGCAAUGAAGAGGAAACAGAAGAGAUUUCUGCAGAUGACUUUGUUAUUCAUGGUGGCUUUAAUUUUCCUGCCCAAUAUUGGUCUCUGGUCUUUAUACAAGGAUAAGCACCUGGUGAAAGCUACAGAGCCUGGGGAGCAGCAGACAUUUCCACUGGGCCUGGGAGAUGGGCAAUUCUAUUCAUGGACAGAUGGUUUGAGAAGAAAAGACUGGCAUGACUAUGAAAGCAUUCAGAAAGAGGCUAUGCGCUCAGGGAAAGGUGAGCAUGGGAAGCCGUAUCCCCUUACUGAAGAGGACCAUGAUGACUCAGCAUACAGAGAAAAUGGUUUCAAUAUUUUCGUCAGCAACAAUAUUGCUCUAGAGAGGUCCCUGCCAGAUAUUCGCCAUGCUAACUGUAAGCACAAGAUGUACCUGGAAAGACUGCCAAACACCAGCAUCAUUAUCCCAUUUCAUAAUGAAGGUUGGACUUCACUCCUGCGGACCAUACACAGCAUAAUUAACCGAACCCCGGAGAGUCUCAUAGCAGAAAUCAUCCUAGUAGAUGACUUCAGUGAUAGAGGUAAGAUACAGUUGAUCUGA